CUUCGCUGUUUAAUUAUUUUUUUUUACCUGAUUCUCUCAGGAAUUACCAGCAGAUCUCACGCCCAAUAGUUGGUUGCCACCCGACGUCUUUACACACAUCAAGUCUUAGAACGCGAAGAUACACCAAGACUGCAGAAUGGUGCUUUCGUCGCUUCUUCUCCAAGCCUUCGUUCUCGGUCUUAUUCUGCUGCUCAUACAAUGCGUCUUUGCCUAUCUUAGCUCACCCCUCAGGACAUUACCUGGCCCUUUCCUCGCUAAAUUCUCAGAUGUUUGGAGACUCUUGAAUCAUUACAAUCGUCAACAUAUCAAAACCCAACAGAAAUUGCACGAGAAAUAUGGGAACGUGGUUCGGAUUGGUCCGAAUGCUGUCAGCUUGAGUGACGUGAGCUUGGUGAAGACGAUUUACUCAACCAGAGGCACAUAUUUGAAGAGCGACUAUUACUCCGUCAACGACGCACUCCAAAAUGGUCACAUUAUUCCCAACCUUUUUAGCACACGCUCCAAUGAGUUCCAUAGCAGCGCCCUCAAGCCUAUUCAGAAACUGUACUCUUUCAGCAGCGCACUCGAUCUCGAACCCCUCAUGGAUGACACGGUGCGAGCACUAUGCUCAGAGCUGGAGAAAAGAUUUAUCACCGGUGUGAAUGCGGGGAAGACUUGUGAUAUCGCGGAUUGGAUAUCUUUUUUCACCUGGGAUUUCCUCGGCGAUAUGACGUUUAGUAAGAGAAUGGGGUUUAUGGAACAAGGAAAAGACGUUGGGGGGAUGAUUGAGACUGCUGAGAAAGUAAUGGGGUACUUCUCUGUUGUUGGCCAAAUGCCCAUUCUCGACAAAUUCCUGGGCAAAAAUCCAUACUGCCCGAUCAAAUUCGCCGAUUUUGCUGUCCCGGCUGGAUUCUGCAUCCAGCGAUUCGCGGAACGUGAUCAAAAUCGCGAGGAACAUAAGGAGAAUGAUUUUAUGAACGGGUUUCUAGAAGCCAAGAACCAGUAUCCAGAGCUCGUGUCUGAUAAUGAAGUCAUCGGAUACUUAAUGCUAAAUAUCCUCGGCGGCGCCGACACAACCGCCAUAGUACUGAAAGCGAUCUUCUACUGGAUCCUAAAAAACCCCGGGGUAAAAGCCAAACUAGUAGCCGAGCUACGAUCCGCAAAGCUAGCGUUCCCAUCGGCAUACACUGUCGUCGAAAAGCUUCCAUACCUCGAUGCGUGCAUCAAAGAGGGCCUUCGAAUCCACCCAGUCGUCGGCCACAUUCUCGAACGUAUCGUUCCUCCAUCCGGCCUCACGCUCUCCAAUGGCACUGUCCUUCCCCCGGGAACUAUUGUCGGAAUGAACCCUUGGGUUUUGCAUCGUAAUGCGGAGGUUUUUGGCCCGAAGCCAGAUGCUUUUGUUCCAGAGAGGUGGAUUCAGAAGGAAUGGGAAAGUGAUUCCGAGUUUGAGGGAAGGAUACGCAUAAUGAAGGACGCGGAUUUGAGUUUUGGCAGUGGGAAUCGGACAUGUCUCGGUAGGCCGUUGGCAUUGGUCGAGUUGUAUAAAGUGACGGCAACGUUAUUUGGAAAGUAUGACAUGGACCUCGUGCAUCUGCAUAGUGAGUGGGAACUGCACGAGCAGUGGUUCGUCUGGCCUCAUAAGAUCAAAAUCAUCAUGAGGCACAUAGAGGCUUGAGAAUGCGCAAGGAGAGGAGAAUGAAUUAGCGUAGCUCGAUUAGAGUCAUUGGGGU